GUCCUGCUCCCAACUGUCGUCACUGCCACACUCUGCUUCUCCUCCUCCCACGGCUCCGCCUCCAGAGUCCACGCCAACCACUCGCACCGACAGUCUCGCCUCACCAACCUACCGGCCCACCGCCCGCCGCCGCAUGACGGUGGCCCGCGGCCCGCCCGGCCGCCCCUCCUCCGCGCUCCUGGGCUGCUGGCGCCGCCGCCAGCCGCUGGGCUUCGGCGCCAAGGUCGGCAUCGCCAUCGCGCUCGGCCUCUCCUUCGCAAUCAUCUGGACCUCCGUCUCCCCGACCUCCUCCUCCCAGCAGAUCUCCACCGAGCGCUCCUCCUUCGCCGCCGAGGUCGCCGCCCCGCCAACCGCCUCCCAUAACCGCACCAGCACCAGCAUCGCCGGCGGGCAUGCUCACCGGAAGCCCCGCCCCGUCCCGCACAGCCACAAGAAGCGCCAUCCUGCUCCGUCCGGAUCUCAUUCCCAUCCCCAUCGCACCAAUGCCACUUCCUCGCCGGAUGCCGCCGCUGCAAAAGCCGAUCACUCCGAGCCGGCUCCAAUAACCGACCCAGAGCCUAAGGAGAAGGAACCGGAGCAGGAGCAGGAGCAGGAGCCAGACAUGGAGAUGGAGCCGGAGAAGGAGGCCGAGCUGCCUAUGCCCGAGGAAAGCGGAGACAACUCGGGGAAGGCGCCUGCAGAGGGGGAGGAGGAGAAGCCGCCGCAGCUGGAAUUGGAAGAGGAGCCCGGUGAGGGUGAUGGCGACGAGGAUUUUGAGGUGGCGAAGAAGGCGGCUCCAAGUAAGAAGAGAAAGCUCCCGCCUUUGUUCAGCUCCAGUGCGCAUUACCACUGGAAGCAUUGUGGUGCCAAGAGCGGCUACCACUAUAUUCCUUGUGUGGAUUUCGAUGGGGAUGGGAGCCAGAGGCACCAUGAACGCAGCUGCCCAAGGUCGCCUGUGACGUGCCUGGUGUCACUGCCCAAGGAUUAUAAACAGCCCGCACCAUGGCCGGAGAGGAAGGACAAGGUUUGGUAUGCGAAUGUUGCACAUCCUAGACUGUCAAAUUAUGUUAAGGGCCACAACUGGCUGAACCACAGUGGUGAGUACUUGAUGUUCCCACUAGAUGAAUGGGAAUUCAAAGGUGGAGCAAGGCAUUAUGUGGAAUCAAUUGAUGAGAUGGCUCCUGACAUUGACUGGGGUAAAAAUAUUCGGAUAGUAUUGGACAUCAAAUGCAAAAGUGCUGGCUUUGGUAUUGCUCUACUUGAGAAAGAUGUGAUAACACUAUCUUUAGGCCUUACAAAUGAUCAAACAGACCUUGCGCAAGUUGCCCUUGAACGUGGAAUCCCUGCAACAGUUGGCAGUCUGGGAUCACAAAGAUUACCAUUCCCUAGUGGUGCAUUUGAUGCUAUACACUGUGGUGAAUGCAACAUACCAUGGCAUUCUAAUGGUGGGAAACUCCUCCUAGAGAUAAAUAGAAUUCUUCGCCCAGGAGGAUACUUCAUUAUAUCAAGCAAAAGUGCUGACCUGGAGAGCGAAGAAGGAAUAUCAGCUUCUAUGACUGCACUUUGUUGGAAUGCAAUAGCUUACAAUAGUGAUGAUGUCAGUGAGGUUGGAGUAAAGAUAUUUCAGCGACCAGCCACAAAUGAGGAAUAUGAUCUGAGAGCAAAAAAGGACCCUCCAUUUUGCAAGGAAGAGCAGAACAAAGCUAAUGCAUGGUAUACUCACAUCAAACAUUGCCUGCACAAAGCACCUGUUGGUAUUGAAGAAAGAGGUAGUGACUGGCCGCAGGAGUGGCCCAAGAGGCUUGACAGUUACCCUGAGUGGCUUGGGGACUUGCAAACAAGGGUGGCUGCUGAUCAUAACCACUGGAAGGCUGUUGUUGAGAAAUCAUAUCUGGAUGGAUUGGGCAUUGACUGGUCAAAUAUCAGAAAUGUGAUGGAUAUGAGGGCUGUAUAUGGAGGAUUUGCAGCUGCAUUGGCAUCUAAAAAGGUUUGGGUCAUGAAUGUCGUUCCUGUGCAUGCUUCAGACACCCUACCCAUAAUCUAUGAGCGUGGCCUGAUUGGUGUAUAUCACGAUUGGUGUGAGCCAUUUAGCACGUAUCCAAGGUCCUAUGAUCUUUUACAUGCUGACCAUUUAUUCUCACGCUUGAAGAUCAGAUGUAGGCAACCUGUGGCGAUUGUUGUUGAGAUGGAUCGAAUUUUGAGGCCUGGAGCUUGGGCCAUCAUCCGAGAUAAACUUGAGAUCCUUGACCCAUUGGAGACCAUUUUGAAGUCGCUACACUGGGAAAUUGUCAUGACAUUCCGAAAGGACAAGGAGGGCAUCAUGUCUGUAAAGAAAACAACAUGGCGGCCAUAUUGCACAAGUUCAUGUCAGUUUGUGCAUUUUUCUUUGAUGAUGAUGAUCUCACCAAUCACAUACCUGCGGCCCAGCCUACCAGAGUCCAGAGCCCAAAGGCGAGUUUCCAAAACCCCCCAAAACCCAAGGGCCGAAUCGGCACCUCCCACACGCACCGCCGCCGCGAUGCCUCCCUUCCCGACGGCGACCACCGCCUCCGCCACCUCCCACCUCGCCCUCCUCGUCCUCCUCUCCUCUUCCUCGCUAUUCUUCCUCUACAAAUCUAUCCGCCUCCGCCGCAAACCUUCCCCCGCCAGCGGCCCCGCCCGCACCACCACCCCGACCCUCCUCUACGCCUCCGUCACCGGGACCUCCAAGACCCUCGCCACGCGCCUCUCCGACCGACUGACCGCCAACGCCGGCGUUCCCAUCCUCGCCACUGACGCUUCCUCCUUCGAACCCGACGACCUCCCCUCCGUCCCGCUCCUCCUCCUUGUCGUCCCCACCCACGACGGUGGCGCGCCGCCACCCUCCGCGGCCUUCCUAGCUCGCUGGCUCGAGGAGUCGACCGCCGACUUCCGCGCGGGGGCGCUCCUGCUAUCCGGUCUUCGCUUCGCCGUCUUCGGGGUCGGGUCCCGGGUCUAUGGGGAGACCUUCAACGCCGCCUCUAGGAACUUCUCGCGGUGGCUGCGCGCGCUCGGCGCCGUUGAGGUGGUCCCCCUCGGGGAGGGCGAUGUGGAUGGUGGCGAACUCGAGGCGGUGUUCGAGGAUUGGAGUGGGAAGGUGCUGAGGGUGGUGAAGGGGGAGGAAUUAAACGAGGGGGUUUUGGGAGAGAGCGACGGGCUUGAUGAGUUGGAAUUGGAAGGAGAGGAGUCUGAUGACGACGACGAAGAGGAGACGGUGGCUGUGGAGAUUGACAUGGAAGACAUUGCUGGAAAGGCGCCGGCGAGGCAGAACGGGAAGGUGGAGGGUAGUUUGGCUAAUGGAGGGCAGAACGGUGUGAAGGAGAUGGUCACACCAAUCAUCAGGACGAGCUUGGAGAAGCAAGGUUACAAAAUUCUUGGUUCUCAUAGUGGAGUGAAGAUUUGUAGAUGGACUAAGUCGCAACUCCGAGGCCGUGGAGGGUGCUAUAAGCAUUCAUUUUAUGGCAUAGAAAGUCACAGAUGCAUGGAGGCAACUCCAAGUUUGGCUUGUGCCAAUAAAUGUGUAUUUUGUUGGAGGCAUCACACGAAUCCUGUUGGAAAGAGUUGGAAAUGGAAGAUGGAUAACCCACUUGACAUUGCAAAUGCCGCAAUUGAUCAGCACACUAAGAUGAUUAAGCAAAUGAAAGGUGUACCAGGAGUAAAGCCAGAAAAACUAGAAGAGGGUCUAUCACCUAGGCAUUGUGCAUUAUCUCUGGUUGGUGAACCAAUAAUGUACCCUGAGAUAAAUGCUCUGGUUGAUGAGCUACACCGCAGGCACAUAUCUACUUUUCUGGUUACAAAUGCUCAAUUUCCUGAAAAGAUUAAGACGUUGAAACCAAUCACACAGCUGUAUGUCAGUGUGGAUGCAGCUACAAAGGAAAGCUUGAAGGCUGUUGACAGGCCACUAUUCUCAGACUUCUGGGAGCGUUUCCUGGAUUCGCUCAAGUCCCUACACGAGAAAGAUCAACGAACGGUUUACCGUCUGACACUGGUUAAAGGCUGGAAUGCAGAGGAGAUAGAUGCAUAUGCCAAAUUGCUAAACCUUGGACAACCUGAUUUCAUUGAAAUCAAGGGUGUAACAUACUGUGGCUCGUCAGCAACUUCGAAGUUGACAAUGGAGAAUGUUCCCUGGCAUUCAGAUGUAAAGGAAUUCUCUGAGGUUUUGGCAUCUAAAAGCGGUGGUGUUUAUGAAGUAGCGUGUGAGCAUGCUCAUUCAUGCUGCGUCCUGCUUGCAAAGGUGGAUAAGUUUAAGAUCAACGGCAAAUGGCAUACCUGGAUAGAUUAUGACCGAUUCCACGAACUGGUAACAUCCGGAAAGCCUUUCAAGAGCCAAGAUUACAUGGCCUUGACACCCUCAUGGGCUGUCUAUGGUGCAGAGGAAGGUGGCUUCGAUCCGGAUCAAUCUCGUUUCAAGAAGGAAAGGCGCCAUGGAACUGCUGCACUCAAAGGUUAAUUCGUCAGCAUACGGCAAUGUACACCAAUCUUCUGGAGAAACAUGAAGCUUUUUUGCUGCCAAAAGACAGGCCUAUGUUACUGCAAUUUAUAUAGAAGCUAAAAUUGUGGAAGCAAGAAUUUUUGAAGUGGGGGGCUUCCAAGUCCAUGUAUUUUUCUCUUUUUGUGCGACUUUACUUUCCGGAGAUGCAUUUUUAUCGUUUUUAUUGGUACGUGCAUUUUGUUCCCUAAUUGAUCGAUGACCGCGCAAAUUUACAACUGAGAUUUUGAAAA